AUGCGAAUUCUAAUCAACCGCCCUCCUCUCUUCAGUAUCAUGCCGCCCAAGGCCACUGGAAAGGAUCUCACCAAAAGCCAACACAUGUCGGAAGGAGGCAGCGCCAUCCAGCACCGGCAUCGCCACCAUAUUGACUCAAAAUUUUGCUCUCCCCCCGCUCCUCCCCUCCUCACUCCCCCUGUGCGUGCAUCCCGGUCCAGCAUCGUACCGCCCAACGCUACUGCAGGUGACUUUGCCAUCAGCCCGCCAGUGGUGGUGAAGGAGGGCAGUGGAGUAACCAUCUCCAGCACGGGCAUCGCGACCUUCUUCUGCACCACGGCGCUCACGGGCCCGUGCGACGCUGGUAACCAGUUCUACAUCACCUCCGAGGGCAACAGCUCGCUGGUCUUCGUUCGCUCCUUCAGCCAGCAAGCGGUGGCCUUCUUUCAGAACAGGUGGGUACGGCUGCCCAUCCUGACAGCCCAGAUCCCACAGGGCGGCACCGUGCUGAACAUCAACCCCGGGGAUAACAACCCCACGUACCCCGAGGCACGCCGCCACCCCUUCAACUCCUCCUCCCCAUCCUCCAUCCCUCCCACCUCCUCCAACACCCACCCCUCACCAACGCACCCAUCCUCACCGCACUCCCACCCAUCCUCACCGCAUCGACCGCUCUUCCUCCCAUCCACGUGGCGCCCACGGAACCCCCCACUGAAACGCGGGGAAGGUGUGGGGAAGCUUCUGUUCAUAGAUGCACACGUGGCAGGGGCGGCAGGGGACAUGCUGGUAGCAGCACUGCUGGAUCUGGGCGUGCCGACAACAGUGGUGGAGGGGGCAGUGGAGGCCAUGGGGCUGUCUCAUGUGACUUGCAGGGUGGAGGCGACUCAACGAUCCGCCAUCACUGCCCCGCUCUUCUCGGUGGAUGACGGGGCGAACCAGCCCUACAGGGACUACGCGGCCAUCCGCCAUCUGCUGGCCAACAGCAGCCUGCCACGUGGCGUCAGGGACAUUGCCAGCCGCGCGUUUCGGCUGCUAGCGGAGGCGGAGGCGUGUGUGCAUGGCAUGGCCGUGGAUGACGUGCAUUUCCACGAGGUGGGCGCGGUGGACAGCAUAGUGGACAUGGUGGCGGCAGCAGCAGCCAUAGACUACCUCACUCCAUCGCACAUAGCAGCCUCGCCCCUCCCCAUGGCACGGGGCAUCAUCACUGGCGCCGCUCACGGCCCCCUGCCCUCCCCUGCCCCCGCCACUCUCGAGAUCCUGUGCCGCAGAGCAUCUAUCCCAACGUUUGCUGCAGGCUGCAAGGGCGAGCUCGUCACCCCAUCAGGGGCGGCCCUCCCUGCUGCCAUCACCCACAUCUGGACCCCCUUUCCCCUUGCCUACCCUUCCCCCCCCCACUGA